CUCCUCGCAGAAGCGCAUGCAUCUCUACUGCUUUUCCUCAUCUUCUUUCUCUUCUUGAUUCCGGCGUUUUCUUUUUUCACUUCAUCCGUUCUUGCCUUCUCGGUUCUGAGUAGAGUAAUUCUUCGUGCACGCAUGUCUUGUUCGGCGGCUCAAGGGGGUUCACCACAAUUCGGUCUAGUUAUUAAGAUCUUUCAAGUAAUUUUGCUUUGAUGCUUCAUUCAAGUCAAGCAUGGGCUUUUUUUUUUGGUUACAAAUAUAUUGCGGUGGUGUGAAUCUAGUUCGUGUGCGCUCCAGUCCACGCCCACUCCUGCUCCGCCGGUUGGUAGCACGUCGCUCCAUCAGGGUUUUGUUCUUUAUACAUACAUAGAGUUGAUGGGAUUUGGCAGUCUCUUCUCUGAAUAAUUAUGUUUUCUUGCUUCAUGUGUCUUGCCAAAAUUGGCAAAUCUCCUGGUCCAAGUGCCUCAAUUAUUUAUAUAUCUCCUAAAUAAGAUACUACUCCAUAACUAAGCUGUGGUGCAUGACACUACUUUUCCCGAAAUUAAUUCUUAGUAUUAUUACUCCAGUUGCCAUCGAGUAGUACCACGAUGCACAAUUCGAACCUAUAGGGUUGGUGUUGUUCAGCUUAUUUGUAAUGCAGUCUGGUAGUAGUGGUGAUCUGGUGAUAUUUGCAAUGGCAUGGACAAAAACAAGUCCAUGCCAAUCAAGUGGCCUUCAGAAACACCAGCAUCAGAUCACCUGUAGCAGGCACAUAAAAAACACCACCAGGGAAGCCUUGUUUCCUGGGCCUCUUUGACAAAAAAGCAUUCUUUGUUGGUGAAUUCGGCGUAGCUGUCCAGCAUUUAUAUUCGUGCUCUCAUCAGAUCUCCAGAAACACCACAGGGGUUUUGGAUGGGAACACCAGGGCUUCCAUCUUUUCAUGACAACAACUCAAUGUGCUAUUCUUGGGCCCUUUUCUUUCUUUCAGAUAAGGUUCCGUUUUAGAGAUUCCCGGACCGGAAAAGAGGCCACGCUUUUCAUCUGUUUGUCCUCUGAUUUGGCAUCAGAGGCAGCAUAUCCAGGCUUAGCAAUGGAUCGGAUACUUGUCUUGAUCUGACUGCACUCCACAUUCAGACACAUUCAGUUAUUCAGCACACAUGAAGCUUGAAAAAUUCUGCUUGUGCUCCUCUAGCAGCCCUCUAGUCAUCUGGAUAAAUCUGAACUAUUUGCUUAGAUUCCUAUUUCGACAGCAUAAUGAACAGUCGUCUUCGGAAUCACGUAAGCCCGAAGCAAUUUCGGAGAACAAAAGGUGUGUCAAUUCAGACUCCAUAGUGCUUAUCCACAGGGCUGUCUAACUGCAAGCACUCCCAUGUCUAAGAUUCAGUCUGUCAUGAUCACCGCACUGACAAGAGCAACACAUGCUAUUUUAUCCUUGUACAACUGUGGUGAGAGAUAGAUAAAGGAGCAAACGAAGUGCAGCGAGAGGAAGAAGACAGGGAGAGAUUGUUCAGAGAUGAAGAGCGGCAGCGGCGUCCAAGAAGCGUGUGAGGAUCAGGUGUCCGAGAUCAGCAGCCAGGCGGCGUCCAACAACAACGAGGCGUCCAACACCUCCUCCCGCCCCAAGCUCGCCCUCGACCUAUCGCUCACCGUCACCGCGACCGCCGCCGCCACGACGACCGCCGAGUCGAGCACCACCGACAGCAACGGCGGCGCGCAGGCCGCGCGCGAGCCGACGCGGGUGUUCACCUGCAACUACUGCCAGAGGAAGUUCUUCAGCUCGCAGGCGCUGGGCGGGCACCAGAACGCGCACCGGCGGGAGCGCACGCUGGCCCGGCGCGCGGUGCACCGGCUGGAGGCCUACCCCUACGGCUACGCCGACGUGGCCUCCCUCCCGCUCUACGGCUCCCCCGGGCUGUACCCCAUCGGCAUCCAGGCGCACGCGUCGGCGCUCCAGGGCGCGGCGGCGCAGGCGGAGCGGCAGCAGCACCAGCACCAGCAGCAGGACGCCGCCGUCCUCGCGGCCACGCCGGCGCGCGCGCGGGCGCUGCUGGGCCCGAUGCCGUUCCUCGUGGGCGGCGACGAGGAGGUCAGCUUCGGGUGGCCCGGCAGCUUCAGGCCGCCGCCGCCGGGCGCCGGCGUGCUCCCCCUCCUCCACUCCGGCCCCAACUUCGGCAGCAGCAGCGGCAGCGGCAGCGUCGUGGUGCAGGCCGACGAGGAGCCCGACCUCACGCUUAGACUCUAGCCGCCGCCCGUACGCCGUCGAUCGCUACGCCAUUACGUACUGCUAGGUUGGUGCAACUCGUCAGGCUCCCGACGUCGAUCAACGGACCAUGAUGGUAGACGACGACCCGUAUUUGUUUCAUGCGCGCGUGCGUACGUAGGUACGCUCGUGGAAGUAUUUCUGUACAGUUUUGGUGCUCUUCUGUGGUAUUGGUAGUAGCGUGUACCCUACCUACAACUUCCCGCGGUAUAAAGAUUCAUGUGAUCAAUCAAAAUCAUGUUGCUGUGUC